CUGUGUCUCUGUCUCUCUGUGUCUCUGUCUCUCUGUUUGUCUCUCUGUGUCUCUGUCUCUCGCUAUAUUCCGAGGCAGAGACAGAGGCAGGUGAAGGGUUAGAGGUGAGAGAGAGACAGCGGGAUGGAGACACCUGGAGCUUAAACUCCAGCCGAGGAAGAGGAACUUCGCUCGUAGCUUUGUGCUCUCAUUUGUGGAGUUAAACGGAUGAAAUUGAUAUCUUCACUGGCGUUCCUCAAAAGGUGCAGAGAUUCAAAGGACAAACGAACUGAAGAUGCCCAUCGGAUCAUCAUCAUCAUCAUGAUAAGAAGAAGCGGAAGUUGGUGGUUGGUGGCGGUGGUGGUCUCCGAACGGGGGAAGAUGCUCGCGGCCGUGCUGGCGCUGUGCUGCUGUGCCAGAUUGGUGGCUGCGACACCAACAGAGUCUCCGUGUCUUCAUGGAUUCCACCACGUGGAAAAAACUGACAUUUGCUGUGAGCUGUGCAAGCCAGGGCAAUACUUGAUAAAUGAAUGCACGGAAAACAAAGGCCCCUCGACCUGUGGGGACUGUCCUAACGGAUUCUACACGGCCGUAGCAAACUACCUAUCAGGAUGUUUGAAAUGCAAGCCCUGUGAAAAAAAUGAGGAAAUUGUCCAGCCUUGCACCGGGAGGUCCGACACGCUGUGCCGAUGUAAAGAAGGCUUCCACAAAGAAGACGAGUUCUGCACACGAGUUCCAAGCAAUGCAACGCAAACUCCGACCGGUGCACCCAGCGGAGGAGGCAAGACGGCGGCCAUUGUGGUGGCCGUGGUUUUGCUGCUUCUCAUUAUCGCUGCUGGCGCUGCUGCGCUCAUUCACAAGAAGAAGCGGCGGAAAUUUCCACGCGAUGGCGCCAGAAAGUUUUUCACCAGACCAGACGGCGAGCCUGGUAACUCUGAUCAGCCCGGAUCGACUGCAUCGCCUCUACUUAUGAAGAAUAAACAAAACCCUGAGGCUGGACCUUCCAAAGAUUCAAUCGAAGUAAAAUUCAUCAAAGACAACCGCGCCGAGAUCGUCCGCCUUGUCUGCGACGAUCCGGGCAGCUUGCUGGACGAGGUGGAAGCGCUGGGAUACGCAGAUGUGCACAGCACAGCCAUUGCUCAGACAAAUAAGGUUGGCAUCAUGACGUCCCCGUGUACGCUGCACAUCAUUGGCGGCCAAGGUGGAAACACGUUCUCGUUUGACGGGCAGGAGAAUGCGGCGACGCUGCAGAAGCUCUCCGUGAGCGUUGGGGGCUGGCAGGUGAGGGGCGUGGAGGUGUGGCUGACGGACGGGCGCAGGGAGACAUUCGGCACCAUGGACUCCUCCGCUCAGGAGUUCGAAUUCGAGUCGGGCGAGUUCAUCACGAGCCUCUCGCUCUGGAGCAACGGGGAUGGCACUCGCCUGGGCGCCAUCAAGUUCAGAACGAGCCGCAGCCGCGAGUUCUUUGCCAAGAUGACGGACUGGGGGCUCAAGACCGAGUACAAGAUCGACGUGGGCUCUGGCAUCUGCUUGGGCGUUCAGGGCCGAGCGGGGUCCGACAUUGACUCCAUGGGCUUCCUCUUCAUCAAUGCCAUAAAGUCGUCGGUGAUCCAGGACAUGAAGUACCCGACCAUGCACCAGGUCCUGCCCAACGUGCAGAUGGAGGAGAUUAAUAAAAUGGAGUACAAGAACGACACCAGCGUCGUGCAGUCGUACACCUUCGAGAGCUCCAAGAAGAUCAACAAAACGUCAUCCUGGUCCACCACCAACAAGAUCGAGUCCACCUUCAGCCUGACGGUGAACGCCGGUAUUCCCAAGAUCGUGGAGGCAGGGGGCGGGUUCAGCUUCGCCGAGGGCAGUGAGAGCACACACAAGGUGGAGGAGUCCAAGGAGGAAACUGAAACGCUCACGUUCCCAGUCUCUGUUCCGCCCCACAAGACCAUCAACGUGGUCGCCAACAUCGGGCACGCCAAAGUCGACCUUCCGUACACGGCCCUGCUGCGUAUCACCUGCGUGAACGGCGCAUCCCUUGAUGCUCCCCUGAGCGGUGUCUACAAGGGGCUUACCUACACCAAGAUGACGACCGUCGCUACUGAGAGCUAGAGCGGCGUUUUCCAGCAUCUUUGUUUUGGUGAUGUUUAUGAAGUGUUUUAAAGGAAUAUUUUUUGGCUGCGGAAAAUCUUAUUACCUAUAUAAGUAUGUUUUUGUCUGUCUGUGUGUCUGUCUGUCCGUCUGUCUGUCUAUCUGCACGGGUACCUUGUCACCUUUUUAACUGACAAACUGUGGGGUUUACGUAUUGAUAAAGUGCACGGAUACCACGCUGCAAGGCCGUAGCCAUGGAGUCAACAUUGGGGGGGUACCAAAUCUACCAGGGGGUCUGGGGGUCCCCCCCCCCAGAAAAAAUCUAAAUUUUUUAACGAAUUUCCUGCCUAAAAUAUGUAAAAAUUCACUUACACAUGGGAUGGAUUUUUUAUUUAUUUUUCACAAUAAUGUCUAAUAGUGUAUUGUAUUACAUUGCUCUGUUUUUUCUUUUUUACCUUUUCUUGAUUCAUUUUAUGUAAUGGC